AGAAGUUUCUUGGAGUUUUGAUAAAAAAAAAAAAUUAUCAUCCAUUGCAUUAAUUUGUUGUGAUAAGAAUCAGAUCACAGAAACUAAUAUCUUCAUUCCAAAACUCUUAUCUUAAAGUUGAGAAGCUUGCACAGAAAAGCCACAGCCUUACCCUACCCUUCUUGUUCUCCUUCAAAACUUUCAUACCACACCUCUCAAAAAAAACAAAGAUAAGUGCUUCUGCUAUGUAUGUGGUUCAAAACACUAGGGCAUGUGAAUAGUUGCUUCUGCAAUAACAUCUUCUGCAUAAUCAAGGUAUAACAACUCCAAAUUCUGUACUGCUCCAACUUUCACUGAUUAAUUUUAACUUUGAUUCCUGUUAGUUGAGGUGACUGAACCAUACACUGCUGGUAUGAUCUCUCGCUACCAUUUAUAGGGUUUGCAGUACCACUGUAAUUACCUUCACAAUGUUUCAUCAGAUCCAAUAUUUCUUUGACAGCAAUAGCACGAUGACUGGUGCAGAGAGGUACCCAGACUUCUUCAAAGUCUUCCUUCAAGAGCAGCACUUGGAAAGAAUACUUAUUCCCAAUGCUUUUGUGAAGUUGGAACGGUUACAGGGAAAGAUCCCUGAGGAUGUCCUCCUCAGGAAUAGUAGUGAGAGAGUGUGGCAUGUUAAAACACGGUUUUUUGGAGACAGAUUAUAUUUCGAUGAAGGGUGGAAGAUUUUCCAUGAAGAAAACUGCUUAAGAAAUGUAGAUUUUCUGAUAUUUAGAUAUGACGGAGUUAAUGAGUUCAGGGUCAAAAUCCUUGAAAGAUCAACACAGUGUGAGAAAACUCUGGUAAAGAUGGAGGAGGAGGAAGGGAAUGAAGAAGAGAAAGCAGCAACACAAGAAGUUGAAGAGACAGUGAUAACACAGGAGGAACAAGCUGAUGACUGUGACAUAGAGGACGAGGAAGACAGUGAAGAUCAGGACUACGAUGACGAUGACAAUGACGAUAGUGAUUUUGAUGAGAACACAGAGAUGGAAGAACAGAGUGAAGAAGAAAUCUUCGUUGAUCCUGUUGGAUACACCAGUCAAAGUUAUCGAAAAACUUGCAGAAGGGACACUGCAUCAAAUUCGUACCCCCAGACUGAAGACCCUUUCAAAGAAGAUGAAUUUGACCCAGAAACGUGCAUUCAGCCAGAGAAUAAUUUUUUUGAAGCAAAACUCUACAGAAGUAGACCCAACGAAUUGCAUAUUCCAGGAAUCGCCAUUCAAGAUUUUUCUCUCAGUUUUCCUGAAAAGAUUACCCUUAAAUGUUGUCAACACUGCCAGCGUAAGGAUAUUCAAAGAAACAAAUUACAAGACUAUCAUCUCAACUUGGCACAAGAGACACCCAUCAGAAAAAGAUAUUUAGAAGUGACGGGAAAAGUGUGUAGGUGGCAGGAUGAUAGAAUAUGUAUCAAGGGUUGGGCAAACUUUAGCAGAAGGAACAAGAUAAAAAAUAAUGAUGUAUGCAUCUGUGAAGUUAUAUCAGACGAAGACCAAGUAGUAAGAACAUUUCUGGUGCACGUUAUAGGUACUAGGAGGGAAUAAACACACAAUCGUCUGCCAGAGAUUUGGAUUAGUGCUAAUUACACCCUCUAAAUAGUUUUAGGAAUUAAUGCUUAUAGUUUUCUUUCGUAAUGGUUUCUUCCGUUCUGACUUGUAAUGGCUACCAUAUUUAUCUAUUAUUGGUUGCACUAUCAUUUAGAUUAA